CGGUUUUGCAAUUUAGUUGGUACGGACAUUGAGAAAAAUUUGCGGCGAGCGUUCGUCUGAUGAGCAGGUUGGUUGGCGAUUUUGAGCUUUAAGGGGUUAGGGAUAAGAUUACAGGUGUUCGUUGGGUAGGUUUUGGUUUGGAGCGGAGCGCGUGCGCGCGGUGAGGCGCGGCGGGCGAGUUGCGAUCGCCGCAGUCACGAGUGUCGCCGCGUUGCGAUUAGCCCGCGUCGUGUACAACCGGGCCCCCCGCUCCCCGCGUGUCAAAACUAAUUGAUUCCCAUCACUAACGCCAACCGAGCAACUUGGAGUACUUGUAUGACGUUGCCAAGUGGCCCGAACUUCCGUACGAGUUGUGGUUAUGCGUUAUGACAACUUUUCAGUGUCGUGACUAGCUGGCAGGUUGGAAGUUUUCUUUCCGCCGAGUUCGUGUUACUGAUUCGCGGAUGCGAGCGUGAGUUGAUCAAAAUGGGCUGCGCACUGAGCGGAGCCAAAUCAGCUUUAUGGAUAUCACUUCUGCAUGGGUUCCUCUUCAUCAUAGCUGGUUCCGGUACAGAAGCGCCACUGGACGACUCCACGGCGGACGUUUCAUCGCGACGCUUUCGAGCCGAGUUCCUCCAAGAGUGGCAAGGUUCGACAGACGCCCCAUACUUCGACCCGAGCACUCCGAGGAAUAUCACAGGCUUGGUGGGACAUCCAGUCAGGCUGCUGUGCAGAGUGAAGAAUCUACAAAAUAGAACGGUGUCUUGGGUGCGUCAUCGGGACAUACACCUUUUGACGGUGGGCCGCUACACGUACACAUCGGACCAGAGGUUCGAGGCGCAGCACAAGCCACGCUCCGAGGAGUGGGCGCUGCGCAUCCGCAGCCCGCAGCGUCGCGAUUCGGGCCAGUACGAGUGCCAGAUAUCCACCACUCCGCCUGUGGGGCACGCUGUGUUUCUCAAUAUAGUUGAACCAGAGACAACUAUAUCCAGUGGAUCGGAGUUGUUCAUCCAAGCAGGAUCUACAAUCAACCUUACAUGUACUGUACGACAUACUCCAGAACCGCCGUCUUCCAUCACUUGGACUCAUGGUGAACAAGUGAUAAACUUUGACUCAGCUAGGGGUGGAAUCUCUUUAGUAACCGAAAAAGGUUUGAAGAGCACAAGUAGACUUUUGAUUCAAAGAGCUAGAGGCGCAGACGCUGGACUAUAUACUUGUGGUCCUAACAACGCUCCUCCAGCAUCAACCAGAGUUCACGUUUUGUCUGGUGAACAUCCAGCAGCUAUGCAACAGGGAUGUGCAAAAUCAUCAUUAGAUAGAAUGUUAUCGAUAUCUUACUGUAUUUUGUCAUUAUUCUUGUUAAGGAAACCUUCGUUCAAUUUCCAGUUCGGUACUUGAAUUUACGAUUGACUUUAUAGUUGAUGUAACAUUUUCUAAUACCAUAACUUAGAAAGAUAGUUAGAAUAGUAAAUUCAUGGAAAUCUGAUACAGAUUUAAAGGGAAACAGCGAUUAAGACUAACUGUUCUAUUUCAUCAAAGUACUCGUACCUACUUGUAUCUGUUGCUGUAAAGCCAUCGUUAUUUUACUUCAAUCGAUCAGGCCCUUAAGAAUUUACAAUUGAAAAUUCUUCUGUGGAGCAAAGCAUAACAUAGGAUCUACAAACUUAACACAGUGUUUUCUUCACACACAUGACAGCCUUGUCUGACCAUCAUAUUAUGUUGCUUUUCUACAAAAUUAAGAGGAUGUGAAAAUGUUUUUAAAAGUUACGUAAAUAAAUACAAUUACAAAAUUUUAUCAUACGCACAUAAAAAUAGGGAUCAAACACAGUUUCGGUGAGUUUUUAUUUUAUAUUUUGAAGGAACUUUAAUUUGGAAUUAAAUGCAGAAGAAAAAAAAAUGUCAGGUAUGGUUGGUUAUAUUAAUGAAUAAUACGAACAAAACGUUUGUAAUUAAUAUUUGAUUUUGAGGAUAUAUUAAAGAAUUCCAUUUGAAAUUACGUUGAUUAUACUUACUUAUUAAGAUUUGUUACGGGUUCUGUGACAUUGUAGUUAUGCUCGAAAACAUGAAAAAAAUUGUAGCAAACAUGGCAAGAUGAGAAAAAUUAUCUAAUAUACUAAAUUAUAAUAUUCGGCAUAUUUCCUUCACUAGAAUUGUAGAUUUUCUUUUAUGUUAUUUGAUACAUCAACUUUGUAAAUUGUAUGUUUUAUGUAUUUCAAGAGAAAAGUAAAAGUAAGCUAGUGAGUGGAUUACAGUAAAUCUUUAUUAAUGACUAUGUAAAUAUUUCCAAUAUAUGUUUUGUAAAUAAAAAUAUAAAUAAGUAUAGAUAAAAUCUAUCCAUUAUAAAAUAAUGAAAUUGAGUUUAUUAUUUUUGUUAAAUAUCUCAAUUCAGCAAUUAAUUGUUAUCGAAGUGAUAUUUUAAUAUAACAAAUUUAAGAAUUUAAGUGAACGCCGAAACACCUGUAAAUAAGUUCAAAGUUAUUUAGACACAUAAUAUUUAUAUUAAAUGUCCCAUGAUAUAUAGUACUUUAGAUAUACGAGUAGACUAUUUAUUAAAUAUUAGACAUUCUAAUAUUGUUUAGAAAAACGGUUGUUGUUUUUUCAUUUCAGUUGUAUAAAGGUAACACAUUUUUAUCAAUAAAAAUUCUAUUCUAUAAAAAUGAUAUUAAAAAUCUAAGAGUCCAAAAGAAAAUUAUGUUAAAUUUUAAUAAUAAGAAACUUUAUCAGAAAGUUACAAAUAAUGUACAUAAUAUCAAC